AAAGAUUUCAGUUGGAGAACUCCUUUAAAGGGUUUGUGGUCUGCAUUGAUUAGGGAGUCUUAUAUAGUCUCUGCAUUAACUAGGUCUGAGGUCUCAAUUCAGACGCAGGAAAACUUGAUUUUCCGAAACGUGUUAGAGGUAUUCUGACUUGUCCACCGACCCGUAGUGAUGUCACAAUUAGCGGUCACCUGACUAUUUGCACCAUCUGCGGGAGAGGUUUGUGGUUGAGAUGCCACCGGACGGGGGAGGCUCCUGGACCUCCCCACUCUGGACACCGGAUCCUGGAUAAACACCAAGGACCACAUAAGAGGACUUUACCAGGAGCAAUGGACAUCAGGGCAAUUUUCCUUCUUCAUUUCUACAGGCUUCCUACCAUUUUUUCAUCAGGGACAGCUAUACAUGUAUUCGUACACUAACUGAGGUGUUAAGUUCCAAAUGUUUUUUUCGGAUAUCUCUGGACAAGGUUAUCCAGCACUUUACCGAGAAAUCUGAUUUCCAGGAACAAGUUGUGUUUAUCACUGCUAUAUAUCAUUAUACAGAGCCCUUCAUCAUAGACGCCAGCGAUUGCCAAUAGAUUUUGUAAUUCUUCAGCCCUGUAUGUUAGCCAAAGUUCAAGAAAUCCUGGCUUAUAAAAAAAGACCACUAGGGGUCCCCAUACCAUCCAGAACAUAAUCCUGUCUGGCUGCAGCAUCAUCUUUGUCCCAGCUGAAGCAUAGGCAGGAACGAAGUCCAGGAAGUGAAGGGGCGGGACUAGGACUCCUCUGUGCUCACUCCUGUCCUAUCAGACUGCAGCAUGGAAACAGAGAGGAGGGGGUUACAGGGCAGUCUGCAGUGAUUGGAUGAAGAGACCCAGAGAGGAGGCUUUACAGAGCAACCUGCAGUGAUUGGAUAACGAGACUCAGCACAGAAAACUCAGGGAGGAAGAUGAGUCAUGCAAAGGGAGGAGACGCCCCCUCCAGAGCACAGGAUGACAAACCAAGUGAGCAACAGAUAGAAGUCAUUGUCCAAAAUCCAUCAAAUAGUCGCAUACAAAACCGCAUCUGCAGUGUACGUCUGCUAUAAUGACUGUGGCCCCUAGAUGGCGAUACUGCUCCUCGGGCCGCACUGACAGCAGCUGUUAUACAGUACAGGACAAGGCCACGCCCCGGGGGGAACCAGAGCCCCGCCCCCUUCUUUUCCUCUUUGCAGCCUGGAGUGUCCCGGAGCCGGAGAUGCCUGAAACUUCAGCCUUGUGGGAUCUGACAGCGGCAGCCUGAGGGCUGCAGGAGGAGGAGGAUCUGGUGGACACAAGAACUUCUGGGGGGGGGAGAAAACGUUUUCACUGGACGCUGCGGCGGAUCGGGAAAUAAUAAGAUCCCAGGAUGAAGGUUCUGCGGUUCCUCUGUCUGCUCCUCUGCCUGCGCUCAGCGUCUUCAGGUCCGAUCCCUACAGCUCCAUGUCUGCUGUCGCCUGUUAAUGAAUAUCACCCCAUCCAAGCCUUUCUGGAAACCUACCAUGUUAUAUCAGGCUGCGCAAGUAAAGGAACAAUAAGUGAACCCCAAGAGGUUCACAUCAUAAACCUGAAAUGUGUGGAGGGCGACCCCUGUGACGGCAAACACGAGGUCACUUUGCAUUUGACCCCAAUCUCCUCCCUCCAGGUUCAUAGCAAACCUCUGGUGUUCAUCUUAAACGCCCCGCGGCCCGUGAUGUGGGAGCUGAAGACCGAGAGACUAGAAGCCGACGUUGCGAGAUAUUUCUUUGUAUCAUUAGGCUCCUCGGUUCACUAUGAUGCAGAAAGUCUCUCCCAGAACACACGGACGGAGGUGAAGUCCCUUCCCACCGAAAAUGAGCCCUUGCUAAAAUGGACGGUGGAGAAUUACGGAGCUGUCACGUCUUUUUCCGAAAUGAAAAUGACCAAUUACAUUGACAUCAGAGUGGGGGAAGAUAAUUCUUUUCCGGCGACGUGCAGCAUCCAGAAGAACUUCAUUUCUCUGAAUUAUCUCGGCCGCUAUCUGGAGCCGCAGUUUGUGGAGAGUUGUGCGAUGGAGCCGGAGGACAAGCAGCUGGUUUACAUCAUAGAGCUGGACUCUCCCCGAGACAAAAUGUACAGUUCAUUUCAGGUCGACAUAAUUGUUGACAUCAGUCCGCGCCAUCCCGACACCAGUCUUGUCAAGAAUCUCGUCCUUAUCCUCAAGUGUAAAGAAUCAGUCAACUGGGUUAUCAGGCCGGACAACAUCAAGGGAAUGCUGGAAAUACUGACAGCAAACAGUGUUACGUUUAGCAGAACUCCGGAAAAGUCUCUCAUGACGAGCAAUCAGGUGAUCGCGGACAUCCCCGCCACACAAGAGCGUUUGUCGAAGUGGGCGUCUGAUAGAGGGUAUACGGUCACAUCCUAUACGCACGCUCCGGUAGCGAACAAGUUUCACAUCCUACUUCAGGAAAUAGAAAUGAAAGAUGAAGGUAACACCACUGACCCGCCUGAACUGCAUUUGCUCCGUAACGGCAAUCAAGACCAUGGUCAAGACUUUUUUCUGAAGAUUUUCGGUGGCGGGGAUCGGCAUGAAUUGCCGAAGGAGCCCGAGGAAGUGCAGGGAAAUAUUAACGUAGCCUUGUCUGUGAAAUGUGACGAGAGCUAUAUGGUGGCCUCUGUAGAAAAGAACUGCUUAAAGGCCUAUGGAUUCAUAGGGGCGGAACUUUCUCUACUCGAUCCAGUUUGCAAAGCAAGAGAAAAUGCCACCCACUAUAUCUUAGAGUCUUCGGUGACGGAAUGUGGGACACAGCACAGUAUUGAUGACUCUCACAUUAUAUACUACAAUACUAUUGUUAUACCGCUGUCUCCGCCCACUGAGGGGAGUGGCUGGCCCAGCGAGUACGAGGAUUUGGAGUCCGGAGACAGCGGUUUUCCGAGAGACACAGAUGAAACUGCAGUAGAUCUUCUCCUCCUGAAGCGGCAUGAAAUUGUGGUGUUUAACUGCACGAUUCCCAGAAACUGCACGGAUCCUGUGACCGCAAUAAAUAAAGUCUCAUUUAAGAUGGAUCUGUACAAGACGGACUUGUUUUUGAGUCCCGAUCAGAACAUAACCAGUGUGGCUGACAAUGGACGGGUCUUUGUUGAGGUCUCGGUAAACAAGGUAGAGAAAGAACUCGGCUUCGUCAUCCAGACCUGCUUUGUCUCCUCCUCCUCCUCCUCCAACGCCAUGGACGCGUCUUCCGGACACAACAUCAUAGAAAACGUGUGUCCCAGAGACGACUCCGUGAAUUUCUACAAAGUGAUGAACACGAACGACCCGAUGCGGCAGGAACAGACCGAGAGGAAGAGAUUCAGCUUCAUGUUUAAGUCGGUGUUUAACAUGUCUCUGGUCUUCCUUCACUGCGAGCUGACGCUGUGCACCAAGAGCGAGGGAGCGCUGAGGGGUCUGCCCAAGUGUAUUCGCCCCAAUGAAGCCUGCACCAGCCUGGAUAGCAGCAUGCUCAUGGUUAUGGUGGACAACAAGAAGACCCUCACAAGGCCUCUGGCCGUGGUCUCGCAGGAGAAGCCCCCAGGAACUUCAAGCAAUAAAGUGCAUCCAAGUAUCCCCGAACCGAUCUUCUACGGGCUGGAUACACCGAUGGUGGUCGGAAUCGCAUUUGCAGCCUUUAUUAUUGGGGCAUUAUUAACGGGAGCCUUGUGGUACAUCUACUCUCAUACAGGUAACACGGCAGGAAGACAGCCGGUCCCCACGUCCCCGCCGGCCUCGGAGAACAGCAGCGCGGCCCACAGCAUCGGCAGCACACAAAGCACCCCCUGUUCCAGCAACAGCACCGCCUGACCGACAGCGCAGGCCGGCGAAGAGCAGCUCCGGGGGGGGGGGGAGAAACGGCUUCAAAGCCCCCGCGUGUGGACGUUCAUUCACCAAGACUGAAAGAAAUCAUUUUGUUAUUUUUUUUUUAUUUUUUUUUUUGGGAUCCCGUGUAAUAUCUGGCAGUUCUGUUUUUGCGUUUUCGGGAUGAAUGCCGUCUUUGCACCCGUCCAAAGAGCAUCAAGCCAAAAAAAAAAAAAAAAAGGUGGUAAUACUACUAAAUACCGCAGCGCGCAGAGCUGCAACAUGGGUUUCCUUGGCUGUCAAUGUGAAGUGUGUGCCAGUGCCUAAUAAUGCUGCUCACAUCCCGUGUAAGCUGUAUGACGGCGCCGUGUAUAUAGGAGGAGAAAUAUAUAUAUAUAUGUGUAUAUAUAUAUAUAUGAGGUUAUAUGGACGAGAGCUCCGUGCGCUGCAGUGCAGCGCCACAUAUAUAUAUAUAUAUAUAGCCACUAUUAGGGGGAGUUGGCUGGCAGGUAGGGGGAUUGGUGCAGAAUAUUCUGUAUGGGAUCUCUCUCAAUCGUCUGUAUGGAUUUUCUGCAGUCCCACGCGCUUCAUGUCACGUGAUUUCCGCAAGCGCCAAUUGGGUCAGUUCUGCAUCGUGUGAAUGGAUGUCUAAAAAAAGCCCUAUAGCAGUGGUCUUCAAGCUGCGGACCUCCAGA